GCCUCCGCCAGCAGCCAGCGGCUCCGCGGCGGCGGCUAACAACAACAUUGGAAGAUUCGCCGCAACUUCUCUCCACUCCUCUAACCUUAUUGAUCUGAUCAUUUAUCGUGCUUUCUUCCAGCCUCUCUUUUCUCCCUCUCUCUCCCUCUCUUUUUUUUUUUUAAUAAGGACCAUCUCUUUUUGUAAACUAAAGAGCGGGUUGGGGAGGGCGCGAGGUGUUUUUUCUUGUCCUGUUUUUUCCCCCUCUUUUAAAUCCCUUAGUCAGACGCAGCGUGCAAAUUAAAAGAUUUUUUUUUUUAGCAGAAAAUACAGCAUUUUGUAAAUCUGUCCCACGGACAGAGAAGAAAAGGCACGAGACCCCAGUAGCCGCGCUGCCAGGCGGCGGUGGUACGCGGAGGCAGGCGCGCCUGUGUGUACGUGGUGAAGCAGGUCACGCAAACACACGCACACGGGCUUCGGCCGCAGGAGCAGGCUCGGGGCACGCACUGUGUUCAGGGAGGGCGAACUUCGCUCCCGCCUGGCGCGAGUGACGGGAGAAGAGCAGCUAGAGGGGGAUCGGCUUGCUGCCGCCGCCGCGGUGUUUCCGUGUGGCGGAGGGGCUGGGUUGGGAGGACGGAGGCAGGCUGCGGCGAGCUACACGGGGCUUUAUUUACAUACACAAAUAGCUGCGUGCAGAGAGUUUCUCCCGCGGGCUUGGCAGUGGCGGGUUUUGCGAGACUCCCUUGAGCUGGUGCUCUGCUGAGCGGGGGAGGGAGAGGAGAGCUGAGCCCGGGCAUGAGUUUCAGCGCAAAAAGCGUUUUGCUGAGCUCUCGGGCACCGCGGUGUUGGUGGUGGCGGCAGGAGCCGUGGUGCGCGGCGGCGCGUCCCGCCUGGUCUUCCCUCGGUGGCAGCCGGCCGCGGCCCAUCCUGGACAUGUCCUACUCGCGUCACUUUCUGGAUUUCCAGGGCUCGUCCAUCCCCAGCUCCAUGAAGAAGCUGGUGGUGACCAAGCUGAGCCAAAACUUCAGGGAAGCGGUCACCCUGCGGCAGGACGCGCCUGUGCCACUCCCGGGCGACGGAGACCUCCUGGUCAGGAACAGAUUUGUCGGCAUUAAUGCAUCUGACAUAAACUACUCAGCUGGUCGAUAUGACACGUCAGUUAAACCCCCAUUUGAUAUAGGUUUUGAAGGUGUUGGUGAUGUGGUAGCUUUAGGACUCAGUGCUAGUGCUGAUUAUACAGUCGGUCAAGCUGUGGCCUACGUGAAAGCAGGUUCCUUUGCUGAAUAUACAGUCGUGCCUGCCAAACAAGCGGUUCCUCUACCCUCUGUGAAACCUGAGUUUCUUACUUUAAUGGUAAGUGGCACUACCGCAUACCUCAGUUUGAAAGAGCUUGGAGAGCUCUCUGAAGGCAAGAAGGUCCUGGUGACAGCAGCAGCUGGAGGAACAGGACAGUUUGCUGUGCAGCUCGCAAAGAAAGCAAAAUGCCAUGUAAUUGGAACCUGCUCCAGUGAUGAAAAGGGUGGUUUUCUGAAAUCCAUUGGCUGUGACCAUACAAUCAACCAUAAAACUGAAAACGUUGAAUCUGUUCUUAGGAGAGAUUACCCAGAAGGUGUGGAUGUAGUAUAUGAAUCUGUUGGUGGAAAGAUGUUUGACUUGGCAGUUAACUCCUUGGCUACUAAAGGGUGCCUGAUACUUAUUGGGUUUAUCACUGGCUACCAAAACCCUACUGGCCUUCAGCCUAUUAAAGCAGAAUUACUGCCAGCAAAACUAUUGAAGAAGUCUGCCAGCAUCCGGGGUUUCUUCUUGAACCAUUACUUUUCCGAAUACAAAAUGGCUCUGAAGCAGUUGCUCAAGAUGUAUGAAAAAGGUGAACUGGUUUGUGAGGUGGACUUUGGAGACAUGUCUCCAGAGGGCAAGUUCACUGGCUUGGAGUCUGUAUUCCGUGCUGUAGAUUACAUGUACAUGGGAAAAAACAUUGGAAAAAUUGUAGUUGAAUUACCUCACUCUGUCAACAGUAAGCUGUAAAAACAGAACAAUGAUAUAAAUCAGAAGAGAGAAAAUGGGCACUUUAUGCCUCAGAAUUACUAGAAACAAUUUAUUUUCUUAACCUUAGUAAUGGAUAUUAUAUUAAAAAACAGCAUUAAGGUGUUAAUAAAAAUUUUUGAUUUCUUUUCCCCCUAGAAGUGCUUAAAUCAGUGGCUGCGGUAUGGACUUAAUGGGCCUAUGUCUGAUUCUGUCGCUUAGGCUAGCAUGAGACAAGGAUGUUGUUCUUGACAGAAUAAGUCUUGAUGCAGAGGCUGAUUUAGUCUGUCGGACUGGUUUGAUAAGACUUUAUACGUAUUUUAGAUCAGAAAAAAAUCUUUUUUUUCUUUCAGCAAUUUUGAUUUCUUGAUUUAAAAAUAAAAUUGUUAGAGCAAGACUAAGGAGAAAGAAGCAUAUCAUGUGUUUGCUUUAUUAACCUCUUGAAGUUUCUAGAAAAAAAAAUCUUGAUUUUGGGUCACGAACAAUAAUCAUAAUUCAGUUGCAUCAUGUAUCUUAGUAAAAUUUCUUGACACAGGAAAAAACCAAAUCCUUCAGUUCUAACCCAGCAGUAAUAGUAAGAAAAGCAAUUUGACUUUUUUUUUAAUUACAGUUCCUAACAGUAAAUAGUUGUGCAAUUUUAUUUUUAAAUCUUUAACUACAAGUUGUGAGAUUAUAUUGUUUUCUUGCCUUUUCAUUUACUACCAUUGCUGUUUACUGUUUACUUUCCCCUUUAGUCAGUAUUACUGGACUAUUGGACUGAGGGUUUGAGCCACAUUCACAUGUAUUCAGGUCCUGUAUAUUUAUUGAACAUUUAAUAAAGUGAAGAAAGCUAUUGAAA